GUGGCGUUUUGUAAGAUGGCGCAGUGAGUGUGAAAGAAAAACGGAGUUGCGAACUUUUCCUCGUUUUGUGUGUCAAAAAGGUGUGCUUCUGCUUAGUUUAGGCCCGUAGUGACUAUGCAAUCACUGUGCUGGACCACUAGAUUCGUGACACGAGCACUCAGGAGUAGCUUCAGUACCCUCAUCGAACCCAACAAUAAACCAAAGCCCCACUUAGUAUCCGUUGUCGUGGGAUUCCCAAAAGAUUUUCUCCGUUCCAAAUACAAAUUAGGCAAAUUCGGCGAAGAUGCCUGGUUCACCACCCGCACCAGCGUUGCCGACGUGAUAGGUGUGGCAGACGGUGUGGGUGGUUGGCGUAGCUACGGCAUCGAUCCGGGAGAAUUUUCCUCUUUCCUCAUGAAAACCUGCGAACGGCUAGUCAACUGUGCCAGCUUUAAUCCUCAAAAACCCGUCAGUCUCUUAGCGUAUAGUUACUGUGAAUUGUUGGAGCAGAAGAAACCAAUCCUAGGAAGUAGCACAGCGUGCGUUUUGAUCCUGAAUCGUGAAAAUAGUACAGUUUACACAGCAAAUAUUGGGGAUAGUGGUUUCAUUGUGGUGCGAAAGGGUGAAAUUGUGCACAGAUCUGAGGAGCAGCAGCACUACUUCAACACACCUUUCCAACUAUCUCUCCCGCCACCGGGUCAUGGGGAUAAUGUCCUCAGUGAUAGCCCCGAUUCGGCGGAUACCCUCAGUUUCACCGUAAAAGAUGGCGAUGUGAUUCUCGUGGCAACAGAUGGGGUCUUUGACAAUGUGCCUACGAAACUUCUGUUGGAUACGCUAAAAGAGGUAAAAGACUUAUUUCUUUUUAGCUUACAUUUUUUCUUCUUUUCUUAUAAUUCUCUGCUCCAAUUCGUGACAUUUCACUCUGAGACGUGUGAAGAGAUUUAUUGAGAAAUAAUAUUUCAUCAUUUAGCUGCAAGUGCAAUGAUCCAAAUAUCAAGGACAAGUUGCUUGAAGUAAUGAACUAAAAAUUGUAAGAAGCAUUUCAAAAAAUCACAAACUUUUAUCAAAAAUACGCUUCAAGAAUUUAGCAAGAGCUCAAUUACAUUACAAAGGUAAUUGAAGGAAUCUCUAAAAGAUUAAUAAGAUGUCUUGCUUUGUUAAUGAUAAGAAGUUUUUGACUCCAAGGACAUUAACAAUUUAGAUGUCUCUUAAAACAGAAACAAUCUCACAACAUGGUGCAUUAUAGAAUAUUAAAAAAAAUAAAUAUUAUACUGUUCUAUAGAUCAUUAAAAUACAAAGACAUAUAGACUACAUGUAAAAAAAGAUAAAAUUAUAACUUUUACUUAAUUUUAAGGAAUCAUUUGAAAAUCAAUUUAAAAAAUUGAAUAUCUAACUAAAAUUUUUUUUAAAGAUGGCAUUUUGAAAGUUUUUUCAUAAUUUUCCAACCGAAAAUUGCAAUUUUGCUUCAACAAAUAACUUUCUAUAUUAUAUUUAUCAGUAAGUUAUUUGUUGAAGCAAAAUUGAAACUUUAAACAAAUAAAUCAGAAAAAAUAGCAAAAAAAAUCCUGCAACAGAACCGAGAAUGCGAAGUUUUUGAAAAUAUUUUGUAAUGACUCCGAUAGACUACAAUAUCCAAGAAGUUCUCAUACAAAACGAGAUAGAAUGAUAGAACCAAACAAAUAGCUUAUUAGAGCUUAUGUUCUAUGAAGAUCAUCUGCUUUAAAAUAAAAAAAAUAAUUAUUAGGUAUUCUGAAUUAGUUGAUCACAAUAAUAUCUACUUUUACAUUUUUUUUUAAUUAUCCUAAAAAUCUUUGGAUUUUCUGAAAAUAAAAAAUGAAAUCUGUUUUCAAAAAUUGCAUGUAAGUGAUUGGUUUACGUACAUUUUAUUUAGACAUUUCACUCUUGUAAAGAUGAAGAGUAAUAUGUACAUACGUAAACCAAUCACUCACUGGAUUUUAAAAACCUAAGUUAAUAUAGAAUCAAAUAUAUGAAAAACAUGAGAAAUAAUUGGAUUAAUGUCGCGCAAUAAAUAAAGCGCUAUACAAAUGCCAUUAAAUUAGAAUUAUUUUCCUAAAUGGAAAACACCAGAUUAACCAAACUUAAUAAAAUUAAUUAUAAUUCAUUAUAAGUUAAAUAGUAGGGGAGACCGGGGUUAAAAAAGUCACUCAAAGGUUUAGAAAGAGCUCAAAAUAUCAUAUUUCCCAAACAGAUAAAGCGAAAUGUAGCUUAUUUCUUUAGAAAAUUUACUGCCCUAUAACUCUUUCUCAGAUCAUUUUGUUCGAUCUAGCUACGAAAUAUGAAAUUUUAGGCUUUUUCCAAACCCUUAAGUGACUUUAUUAGCCCCGCCCUCCCCUAGGUAUAUAAAAAACUCAUGUCAUAACUAUCAAUUUCCUUAUUUCUAAUGCUCUAAAAAUACUACUCUCCGAAAGAAAAACAUAAUGUUUGUUCCAAAAAUUAAAUAUUGAUUAAUUGGUUUACGUCCAUAAAUUUGAAUGCUCUUCACUUUUAGAAGGGAUUUGGAGAAUGAGCCUAUACUCUGUGAUGAUCAACCACGCACUGCCUUCUUAAAAUCUUUCAAGUAUUUAAAUCAAUCACAGAUCUUUUAAAGUUCAGUGAAGACCUCGUAUAAGAUACUCUUGGAUGUACUCUUCACAUGCAUUAUUUGUAAUGAACGAGAGUAGUUCUUCCAAGAGUAUCUUAUACCAAGUCCACAAUGUAGGUAAAUAAACUGAGUGAGCUUAAGGCAGCAUCACGCACGCGUAAGAGUCCAGCGGUUUCUUACGUCCCUCCAAUUUGCAUUGCUAGCCUGACUUAAAAUGCACGAUUUAUGUCAAAGUAUGAACAUAAAAUUUUUUUAAAUUAAAUAAUUAGUUCAGAGAAUUAUUAAUUUUUAAACGAUUUUUAUUAUUUUUUACCUACAAGAGUUGGUAAAAUCUUAUCAGACUUUAAUAAAUUAAUAAAAAAAAUAAAUACAAAAAUAUAGAUUAUUGAAAAGUCCUAAACGCAAAGACUUUGAUGCAAUGUUUAUAAACUUUAAAUAAAAAAUCAAAUCAAGAAAAAAUUUACCACAAAUAUAAAAAAUUUUAUUUAAAAAUUAAUUAUAAUAAAAAGAUUGAAUAAAUAUUUUUGCUCAGGAAUCAUUUAAAUCAGAACAACAAGAAAAAUGAUAAUAAAAUGUUAAUUCUUAAAUCUCGGUAGUAAACCCAAUGAAAACACCAUCAAUGACAAAUUUAAAAAAAAUUUCUCACAAAAUGUAUCACGAGGUUUAAUAAAAUGUUUAGUUUUUGCUAAUUAGCUAAUUACUCUAAACUACAACAAUGUCUCUAGAAUUUCUCAACCAAUAUUCUCAGUUGGGAAUUUACAAAACAAAUUAAAACUGAAGUAGAUAAAUAAUUGCAAAAUGAUCACGUCACACCACAAAGUAGAAUAAAUUGCUUUGCAUUCCUCAACAAACAAAUAUUCCCAAAAGAUUGUAAAUUUCAUUAGCAAGACGACCAACAAGACUCUUUAGCAAUUACUGUGAGUUUAAUCUGGAAACGAUGCACGUGAGAGCGAUAUAAUUCUUAAUUGGCAUUCAACUUUGUAUUUAAGUGUUAAUUUUCACGAUUACUAAAUUAAAAAAGCGGCACAGUGUAUGUAUGGAGUUUGUUGCAGUUUUUCUGCGAAGUUAUAAUUCUUCGCAACUUGUGUUGAUAUAAUUUUGGAAUUAAGACGUGAUGUGAUAAAAUUAUCUUCUGAUAAGAAAGUUUGUUUAGGAUUUCGUUUUUUUGCUGAAAUUCUUUUGAUAAGAAUUGGAGUUUUGAGAUAGUAUUAAUCCUCAACAUAUGGAUUAGGGGUUUGAUUUGUUUAGACAACUUCUUGAAGAAAAAUAAACUAAAAAUUAGAACUCAUUAUUUUAAUAGUUUCCUAUACAAUGCAUAGAAAAUGAUGAUGUUUGAAACAGAUAUCAAUUAAAAGCUAAAAUUUUCCAUUUGCACCAGCUAUGAAUAAAUUAAAAGUUGAAAUGAAACAAGUUCAGAGACUAAAAUAUAUAUUGCGAGCAAAGUGGAGCAUUCAAAUAUUUUAAACAACUCUGUAAACAAAAUGAAUAUUUAGAAAAUAUGUUCCAAACUAAUGUUUUGAUAAAAACUUCAAGUACAAACUUUCAGUCAAUUCAUAAAACGCAUUUAAAUGAAAUUCUCUUCAAUACAAUAUCACAAUGACAUCACUAAUAGCUUAAAGCGCGCAAAGAGGCAUUAAGAAAAAAAAAGUAGAAGUAAUUUAUCUGUUAAAUGAGAUUAGAUUAUGUGUGCGUGGAUGUU